AUGAACUAUUUUGGUCGGUUGGUGUCGAACGUCCGUGGUUUUUACAGCGAGAUAAACUCCGCUACUCUCACCGGCGCCAUCGAUGUUGUGGUCGUUCGCCGUGAGGAUGGUUCGUUCAUUGGUUCUCCGUUCCACGUUAGAUUCGGAAAACUUGGCGUUCUCCGUAGUCGGGAGAAGAUCGUGAGUUGUUUUAUUUACCUUUUAUAUUCAAAUCCUUCUGUUUACAUCGUUCAGGAAAAUAUAUUGGAAUUACUUGAUUGAUCUCAAGAUCGAUACGCAGUGCAGUUACUGUAAACGUAAAUAUUGGUGAGAAAACAAGACAAUCCUCCUGCUAACUGUUCGAGUUUUUGAGCAUUAACAAGGUCACAAAUUUCUCUCUUCUGAUACUAUUUACUAGCCUAUACCUUCUUAAAAUAUUUCUUUAUUGUUUUUCCUCAAAACCUAAAUAUCCCAAGGGUUAAAGACACAGCUUUUUGGACUAUUAAUCGCGUCAUCGACUCAAUUUGUCGCUUUCCUCAGUGUCAACUAUCUGCGGAAGACUUUGUUGAUUAUCGUCAGAAAAUCGAAAGACUUUUGUCUUCUUUUAAAGCAAUUACACGGUUUCAAGUAUAAGAAUGUAAGAUUUGGGAUCAAAUUUAAGUGCAUGGAGGACACGAAGUACGUUGUACGCUAUUGAGAAUGAAUGAAUCAUUACAUUUAUCUAUCGUCGUCAAUCAUUCACUCAAUCCUUCAAUCACGCUUAUUUUCACUUAUAAACUUACGGCCGUUGGAAAUUUUGUUGUGCAACGUAUUUUCAUUUCAUAACGUAUUAUAAAAGCAGAAAAAUAGAAGUAAAUAAUUAAAAUAUAAAGCAGUGGUAAACAUUCUGUAAGUAAUAUUUUAGAAUGUUGGCUGCAAAGCGUCUCAGAUCUAAACCGAAAACCCAACAUUUUGUUUUUGUUGUUAAGCAAUAUAGCAAAUGUAGAUGUUCGUCGGCUGAAUUGUAUGACUUUAUUUUAUUUUCACAAUUAUUCCCUAAUCCUUCCUAUUUUCCAUGGACGUUUUCCCUUUGUGUUUGCUCAACUUCGAAUCCUUUAAAUCUAUUGGUUAUUGAAAUGACACCACCAAGUACACACCCCCAAGAAGUCAUUGUGUUCAAUGAAGAAUCUUUAGAAUGCUUUGGAGUUCAGUUGUCCAUGAAAUUUAACAAAACAGCAGAAAGUAAACUUGCUUUGUCCUUGUGGUUUUAUGAAUGCCAAAGAAUACAUUGGGGAACGUCAUAGCAGAAAGAAAUAUGAGAUAUACAAGGCCAUGACGUAUGCAGUCACAGUGAGCAGUUGCCAGCUAGCUAAUUGAGGAAAUGUUUAUUUUGUAUAAUCAAGAAUUAAAUCUACCUGAUUUACUUCUUAGGCAAGCUUAUUUACUAAUUUAACAAUUUAUUGGAUGAGGCUGAGUAUCAUCUGAAGAAUUAUGGAGAUCGAGGAGUAAUCGGUCUUGGCAGACUCCCUCAAAGAUCUCAAAAAUUCUUCAGAUGAUACAAAAGCCGAAUUCAAUAAUAAUUGUUUUGUUAUUCAUUCAAAAUAAUUCCUAGUUGAAAAACAGGCUUAUACAUGCUUAGCUUACCUCCAUGGAUGUUAAGUUCAUUUUUAAUUGACUGUUAAUCAGCAUGUUUGGGAGAUAUAAUUGUUGUUCAGUAUUGCAAAUAUUCUCCAAAUAGCAAAUGUCAUCCGUUGAGUUGUCUUCUUGCUGUUCUUGCUAUGUUUUUAGGCAAUGGUUUGCUUAUUUCUUCCCAUAAAACUAGCCUGUGUAGCAAGUGUUUCCGCGCAACUUCAUCAAGAAAGUUGGGACAAGAGCAAAAAAAAAAAGAAUUACAGGGGAGGGUGAGGACGAGGGGAAAGAAGGAUCCUCUUCUUCCCUUCCCCUCUCCCUUCCACCUUUUUUUUGGCUCCUGCUCUAACUUUCGUGCAAUAACUCGAUUGGAAACAAUUGCUACGCGGGCCAUCAUAAAACGAGUGAAAUGUUCCACCAUUUUGUACUCACUACCAAAACAACUCAACCUCAGGUCUUCCCAGGUCUUCUUGGUUAACUGUUCAGUUUUCUGGGAAUUAUCCUGCUUGACUGAUAUCAUUUUUCACUUAUCCCAAAAUUCUUCCAAAUUUGGUUGACAGUAGCUGGUUUUGAUGAAUUAUGCUGUGGGGUUUUAGCCAAUCAGGAAUGGAGAAAUAUUUUGAAUAAAUAAUAAUUAUUGUUAUACUUUUAUAAAUAAUAUAAACAAGGCUAUACCAGCCUGUACUUAGCAAUGGAUAAUCUGGGUGUAUAUUUCAUCCCCCUGUUACAAUCAUCACAGUAAGAAUUAAACAGAGGGUGAGCUUCUUUUCUAAUCUCAUUCAUUCUCUUAUAAUAAUUGAAAUCCAAACACUGUUUCUCCAUAUUAUAUUUUGGUAAUUUGCAAAUUAAUUGAUUUUAUGUUGCUUUCAAGAUGGUGUGUGGUUUUCUUUUUCUGUUAAACAAUUUUCCUCUGCAGAGUUUGGAAUAUGCAACAUAAAGCUGCGUAUAGCUGAUAAGAUCAAAGCACACUGAUGACUUGCCUAGACCCUUGCUUAUUGGGCAAGUGAGCUUGUCCCGAACUACCUGACAGACCUUUCUCUGAGCCCUGUGAAUGAUCCUUUAUGAACAAAUAAUAAUUUUGUUUGUUCUUUUUUUGUGACAGGUUGAUAUAGAGAUCAAUGGCGAGCCAGUUGAGCUUCAGAUGAAACUUGGUGAGGCUGGUGAAGCUUUCUUUGUGGAAGAAAUUGAAAAUGAUAUAUCCGACAGUCUAAGCACAUCUCCGCUGCCCUCUGCUGAGACUCUCAAAGAUGCCAAAAAAGAUCACGGAGCCUCAUGUGAGGUAAGCUUUGACGUGUUUUAGAGUUAUAGUUUUAUACUCUGAAUUCCCAGCACUGAGCAGGGUGUGAGGUAUGUGAUUUCAUCCAACGGACAGUAUAGAUUCUGCACUGUCACUAGAGAGCUUUAGAUUUUAGGAUGAAAACAAGUACGAGUAGGACAUUUAACUUAAAGUUUUUGCACGUGUUUCUAAAAAAAAAGACACCCCGGAAAGCUUUAUUUUACUUUUUUUUCACCAAAAAAGUUAGUACAGUUAUUUAUACUGAAGGAGUUUUAGCUCUCUCCUGAUAGAAAACGAUAAAACUGCUUACUUUUGAUAUUUUGUUUCCGCCACUACAACAUUCUUGCUAAAACUCGUCGUAGAAUGACGACGACUACUACAUUUUCCAGCCAAAAUGACGCUGGUUCAUGUGUGAGCAAUACUCGGUAUUGAGAAAAUCUUGUCCUCGUAGUCGUCCUUGUCUCAGAAUCUAAAGCUCUCUUUUGAGAUUUCAAGAUGCUGCAGGCCAUGGUUAAAUUGUGGGGGGUCAUGGAUCCCUUAUAUGGCCUAGACGGGGGUGUUUCGCUGGACAUGGUAUGGUUUUUAACCUCUGUGUCCCAAACAGGGUGUAUAAUAAAUUUUGUGCGAGUCUAUCUGAAGGGUAUUGCCUGGUCAAUAAUUAUUAAUUUGAUCUGCAAGAUAAAUUUUGUUUGUACUCCAAGUUUACAAAAGCCUAGGCAUAUAACAUGAAUUUGCUCUACUGGAAUUGCCAGUAAAUGGCUUUAAAACAAGAUGGUGUGCAUUUUCUCCUUUGCCCUAAACAGGGUAUUAAAAUUAAAGGUGUUGUCCUAAAUAGGAAAUUUUUAGGAAAAUUAUUGUUCUAAACAGUGACAGGGUUACAAACCCCCAGUGGCUCACCUGUACCCAAAUAUUGGUCAAGUACCCCCUGAUGUGUAUGCAAUUAGGUAGGUGAGGGAUUGAAUAGCCAUGAAGAUCUUCUGGUUCUUUUUCCUUGUGCUUCCAAUAAGAGUCACUGAGGGGUCAUACUCAUAGUAGCCAAGAUCCUUGAUGCCCACCUCUUGCACGGAGGAGGUCUGUCAUCCCUGUUGGGAAUUGGCUGAUAUUUCAUGAACGAUCCUUGCAAUAAUCAGAAUGAUCCACCUGUUAGAUCAGCAGUUACAAUAAUGGGAUUAAAAUCUCUCUAAAAGAAUUCCGUUUAGAAAGGCGGCUGUAUUGUACAUGUGUUUUAGAACAUGACAAAAACUUAGAUUCACUGGUAAGUGUACUGAUGUUGAAUGACAUCAAUAUUUUUUCUGCUUAGGUGAGUGAAAGCAACUCAGCUGUCAGCACAGAAAAUAGCCACACUACAACACAAGAAAAUGUAGAAAAGGAGUCUUGUACAACAUCCAUCUCAGGAAAAGAACAAAAUGUGGAUCAAGAAAAAGAGGGUGCAUUAUCACAAGAAACUGCAGGAAAUGACAGCGGAACAGAUGAAAGAACUGUUGAUCAGGCCAUUAAAACGGAAAAUGAAAAAUCAAAGGAUGACAAUCACAGUGAUCCUGAAACUGGGGAACUUGAGGAGUCACUGUUGUUAUCAGUUAAAGAGCCAACUGGUGAUUUUACUGACGACAGAAAGAUUUCUUUUGAGGAAGUUUUGUCAGAACCCGAAACCACAGCAGAGGUAGGAUCAGUUGAAUUCCUUAUUGCACUGAGGAGGUCUGUCAUUACUGUUGCGAAUUGGCUGAGAUUUCAUGAAUGAUCAUUGCAAAUAAUCAGAAUGAUCCACCUGUUAGAUCAGCAGUUACAAUAAUGGGAAAGUCUCUUUAUAGGAAUUCCAUUUAGAAUGGCUGCUGUAUUGUACAUGUGUUCAAAAGAACAUGACAAAAACUUAGAAAUGUGUCAGAAAAGAAGCAUGAGUGGAUUCAACCUGCAUAGAGUUCCAGUAGCUCAGUAGAACUUGGAGGGUUGUGAAUUUGAUUCUCAGCUGGAGCUCAGAAUUUUUUUCUGUGCGUUUUGGGGGGUGAUCAGAUUCUCUCUCAUCUUUAAUCUGAUGUUUAUUUGCCGUCAAAAAAAUUUGUUUUUCCCUGAUAUAUAUAUAUAUAUAUAUUUAUUCAUAUAGUAACAUAGAUAACAUGGGGAAAAUGUUAUCAGUUUUGAGCGACAGAGAUUGUUGCAUCCAUUUUUUAUUGAUUUCAGGCAACACUUGAUGGACCUUCGUCCAAGUCAGAUAGUAUCCCAAUCCCAGUGCGACGACUAGUUGAUCCACAGGACUGCCUGUCUGACAGUGAAACUAUGGUAUGAAAAUAAUGUUACUACUGUAACCGUAGGUAGUAAAAGAUUGAACUCAGUUUCCUUGCUACAUUGGACUAUCCCAUCAGACAAUUGAAUUUAUUUUUUAUAAAUAUAUUUCUGUAAUGGAGGCUAGUAAUUCCAUUGUUUUUUUGGUUACAUAUUUGAGCUGUAUCUGAAGUCAUGAAAUCUUGCUAUAGCACAUUAUGUUAUUGUUGUGAUUGAACCAGGGCUCGAAAAAAGGCUCGGACAAGAAGAUUUCUUUGUCUAAGAAUUAAUCAUUAACUAAGGCAAGCAAGAAAUGUCCCCAGGCAAGGAAAAUGUGAGAGCUUCUUCCUCAAAGGACAAGCUGGAAAAUAAUCUUGAAGGUUUUUUUUCAAGCCCUGUUGAACAUCUACAUUGUACAUGUAUGGUGAUAUGGCUCUGUAAUAAUUGUUUUAGUGGAGAGACUCAAGUUCCAGUGGUUUUAGCAGAGAGUUUUAUCCAUUGUCAGAUCUUGAUUCACCCAUUGGUACACCACCAAAUCACAGGUAAGAGGAUCCCCUAAAGAUUCCUCACACAGGGUAUUGUCAGGAUUGCCUUAACUGUGAUUGUUUCCAGAGAUCUUGGGAUGGUUGGGAAAGCUUGUCCCAUAUUGCAUUUUAUCACCCACAGGACUGUCCUCCAGCAGUGCCUGUUGCCACAAGAUAUCUCGGAAAGUGUUAUCAGACACUGCCUUUGGCUCGGCUGAUAACACUUACCUUGACAUUGAUUAUUCUGGAUAAAACCUCAUGGAAUUGUUUAAACUUUGAAUGUUCAUAUGAAAGCUACAUAGCAGCACUUGUCAUGAUUGUUGAGCUGGACAUGGUAUCUCUGAUCUACCCCUAAAUCUUUGGAUAAGAUCUUACCAACCAAAUCAGCUUUAGAUUUAAAAUUUUUGGUUCUGAAAUGAAUAGUGAAGCCAGAAAACAUUCAAUUCACAGGGAUCCCUUACGUCUGUGUUUUGUCUUCUUUGACUCUUUCAGUGAUGCACAGGUUCACCAUCCUCCAGAUCCUCAGCGUUACCUAAGUGACUCUGAAGUAGAAUUGAAGCAGUGUCAGGAGAGCUUUACAAGGGAGAGUGAGAUUAGAUGGGCCUGGGGUAAACUUCCACAGGUAAGUCAUCACCACUGCAUUAACCUAAGAAAACAGUUGACAUUUGACGAUGCCACUAUUGUUUUCACUGUGAAAUGACGUCUGAGGAAUGAGUAGAGAAAUUCCAUACUGAUGAUUCAACACUACACAGAUCUUGGUAGUAUUUCUGAUUUACGUUUAUGAUCACUGCAUUAGUUAGACCAUUUCUGGUCCCAAUUUACUCACUUGUCAAACACAUUAAACUGUCAAUCUUGUCUCAACGAAUGCAGGUUUGCUUUAAGUUUCAGUGUUGUUUUGAAAAUAGUUAUUCUCAUGGUUUUGCAGUGUCCAUGUCCUCUUGAUGUCAUACUGUAGCUUUUGCAGUUUUGGCUACUCAGGGAUUUUCUUGAAAGAAACAUUUUGUUAGACAGCUAUUGAGUACAAGGGACAUAACCAAAUGUCUUCAGUACUUACAGAGUUGUCCAUAUUAUUUUUGGUGGUAGAGUUUUCUAUGGUGUUAGGUAUGUUUUGGUAAUCAACAACAACAGUUUUAAACUAAAGAUUAUUUCAUAAUUUUCAGGGUCCAGAAGGAAGUUUCUUGCCAGACCGCAUGUCUGCAGGUAUGGAUUCAAUGAGUACACAUCUUUUCUGCUAUUUUAAAAGUGAGAAAAGUACCCUAGAUUGGCCACAAGCAUCAAAUACCAAGGAACAAUAGUAUGAUCAUUCACGUACACCCUGUUACAUUAAUUUCAUUUUAAACAAUUAUUGGAUGAGGUUUUUGUGAUAUCCGGAAUAGUCAAGGUCGAGGUAAGUGUUAUCAGCCGAAGCCAAAGGCUGAGGCUGAUAACACUAACCGAGACCUUGAUUAUUCCAGAUAUCACAAAAACCAAAUCUAGUAAUUGUUUUAUUAUACUUUAUCUUCAAGUAAUUUCUCAAUUUCUUCCUGGGUCGAUGAAGCGAAUCGAGAAGCCAUUCUUACUUCGCUGUCCGCAAACUUGACAUUGCUGUCCGUGCACUUGACAUUGCUCUUGGAAAUCACAAAAACCUACAAAUUCACUAAUCUGUUACAGAUCAGAGGUUGCUCUGUUUCCAGAAUUAACUGUAGGCUUUUAGCCAAUGAGAAGACAGAUGGUGACUAAAAUGUAUAAUAAAUUACAUUAUUGUACACCCACUCCACUGCUUCUGGCAACAAAAAGGCACAUCAUGCCCUCAUAUUUUCAUGAACAAAGUUUCUACUUGGUAGAAGUAGUAAUUUGAAAUUAUUGUUAGUUUUUCAAUUGAUUCUUAACUACCUUUACAAUCAUUACCUAUUUCUUUUUCUUGACUGCACAGACAUGAUAAAAGAAGACAUCAAACAUGUUCAUAAAUCUAAGAGGAGAGAAACCUCUUUCAAAUCGCAUCAUAAGGUAAAUUGCUGAAUACUUACUUCAAAUAGUUCCUCAUGUUAACCAUUUGCAAUAUAAUGUCAAAGUUUUUUAACUUUUUAGUGUCUGCUCAUUUGCUGUGACUAUUCAAAUGUGACUUCUUUAGCAGUAUGAUUUCAUAUGGUGUUGUACUCCUUUUUACAAAGUUCACCAAAUGCAUGUGGGUUUUUUAUUUAGAUUUUGGGCAUGUAGGAUUUAAAGCUUCUCAAACUCAUUAAUAAUUCAUUAAGAAAAUACAAAGGAAAUUAAUGUUUAAUGAGUGUUUGGAAAUCGGAUGAAACACUGCUUAGUAUUUGCAUCCUUAAUUUCUCCUUCAAAAAUGAUUUUGUUUGAGAAGAAAUAUCAAACAUUCGACACAGUGUUUCAUCACCAGAUGAAACCCACUUCCCUCUCCAUAACAUCAGUUCACCUCUUUCCCAUUGCUUUCCCCAGAUUUGUUUGUUUUACCUCAAUCUUCUCCUGGACUCAUGGUCCCUUUCCCAUUUGCCACUCCCUUUUUUCCUGGUUAUCCUCAGAUCCAUGAACAUUGCUUUCCCCAAGUUUUCAUUUUGUCCCCACACACCUUUCCUGGUUUCACGGAUUUCAAGAAGUUUUUCAUUUGUUCUCCUUUUCCUUUCAAGAAUGUCUUUUUGACAUUUAACUAUCUCCCACACAUUUCUUCCACUCAUUUCCUAUUCCCUUUUUUCCUGUUUCACUUCUGUCUAUCCCCUUCCAUUUCCUGUCCCUUUCUACCCCCCACGAAGUGCCACCCAUGUUACCUUAAUUGUUUUAUUCUUUGAAUAUAUCAUUAAUUGAAUUUCUUACAGUCUAGUGGGCAAGGAAUUCUUUUGGAUGAUCUUAGAACUGUGGAUCAUGAAGUAGCAGCUCUAUAUCUUCAUCAGGCUUUGUAAGUUUUUUUUUUUCAUUGAGUAUUCUAGCAAGAUUUAGCAAGAGAUGUUAGACAUAGAGAAGGUGACUAUGACUGUGAGUCAGUGCUGCAAUGAAGGUAAAGGAUCCAGGAAUUAUCCUCAGCUUAUGAAAAUUUGACCACCUUGCCGUUGUGGUAGAGAAAACAACAUUGUCCACACUAUUGUAUCCCUGGCUUUGUUUGUCACUUCUCUACAGGUGUACAUGAUGUACAGACUUUACCCAAAAAGAGACAACUUGAUAAAUGAGUCUUCCAAAUAAAACACCUUAUUCCAAAAUUUCAUGUUGGCAGGGUUCUUUGUGUUUUAUGUUGCUCUCUUUGCCUUGAUUGCAUCUGCAGAAUUCAAAAGAACUUUUACCUUGAAACAAGGGUUUGAGGGCCAAUUAUAAUGAAGACAAAAGUAGACUAUAAGAGUUUGAAAAGAGGAUAUUAUGAUCUUGCCACCAGAAGUAUUUUUUUUUUUAGAAUGAGAUGUUUGUUAUGUGACAAUAUAACUCAAUGAAAUACCAAAACUUAAAUGUUUUAUGGUCUGAAAUGCGGUUUAAUGGGAAAAGUUUUUAUUUUACAGCUGAAGCCAGAAGCACAUGUUUUUGCAUGAAGGCUCACUUGGCAUUAUUUCAUUGGUGUUUAUAUAAUAAUGAGGUGCAUCUUAUGUGACAAUACUCCUUAAUACUGGCUCUUAUACAAUGGGAAAAGUUUCUGCCCUUCAUGUGCAUUUUGCAGGCUUUGCACUUUGCACUUUUUUGUUUGAGUGUCAAUGUAUUUAGCUCGAAAGUACUAAUUGGGAAUACUAUUUUUAUGCCUCCUCACGGGAACGUCAUUUUACCCUGUCAUCCGAGGAUGUGAAGGUCUAGCCAUUUGCAGAGCAAAAGCAGUACCUUCAUUUCUCAGUCAUUUUAAGACCCUGAGUGUUGGUCCAGUCCCAGGAAUCAAACCCGUGACCUCCUGUUCUGCAGUCAAGCACUCUACCAACUCAGCUAGUCCUCCUGCAGUUGGUUUCUUUUGGUUCUUUUUUCCAUGAAAGUAGCUGGAGUUCAUACAGAUACUCAUAGUAGCCAGGGUAAACCCCCUCCCCACCCGUAGUCCUUAGUGACUGCCCUGGCACAGGGUCCCUUUAAUUUCUAUGUACCUUACCAUAAUUAUAGAGACUCUAAACUGCAGCAGCAGCAGCAACAACAAAGUGGCUCAGGAUCAGAUGACAGAGAGUCAGGCUUAGGUCAGUCACUUCCCUGUUCACCCACAGUUGAGGAAGGAUCUAAAGACUCAAGGUAUUUAUUGAAUCUAUUGAAUCCAUUGAAUUUAUUGAAUCUCUCUUGCUUUCUCCUUUUUUUACCUUAAUUUAAUUGCAGUUAUUUUCUUUUCGUAUCAUUUUGAGCCUGCCCAGACUAGCAACAGCUAUUUGCGGUGCCAGGACAUAAUAAAGUCUUGAAGUCUCGAAGUCUUAUUAAGGAUUACUCAUCAAUGACAAACAUUAUUUAAUUUCAAUAUUUCCACUGAGCAUUACAAUGUAUUUAAUCUGUCCCUUUCCCAUCCCUCUUACUUAUUUCCUAAACUACAAAUAAUGUACAUCCGCCUCCCAUUGCUCCCCACUCCUGUGGAUUGCUUAUAAAGCAACACUACAUUAUAUUCCAAGGAGUGUUUCUUGGUAGUUUCUGCAUGCUAUAAAUUUGUUCUUGGUGAUGUUUUGUCAUUUGUUGUCAUUGUCUUCAUUACAAUAACAAGGAGUGUACUACUACGUAACUGUAAACAUUGUGGAAUUUUUAAGGACAAAAACAUAGAUCUAUGUUUCUCUCUAGAAAUAUUCCCAGUGCUGAGCAGGGAUUAAGCAGCUGUAUUCAAGGGCUACCCAUUUUAUUGGAUAUAACGGGGUUUGCUCCUGAAACUCCUGGAAUUCCCAAAAUUUGGGGAAAACGCCUGCAAUGUCAUAACUGAAUUGGAUUAAUUUUCUUUUGCUUGUAAACAUUUUUAUCAGUGCUCCGAAUUCUUAAAUCUUGGCUACUUGAAGAAGACCCUCCCCCCCCUCCUUUAAACAAAGAGAUGGUUCAUAAAAAAUCCUUAAAUGUAUUGGUGUCUAAUGUUUCUUUUCAAACUUGCUAUUAUUUUACUGACAGUAUUGGUGAAUACCAUGACAUUGCCAUGUCUUUAUGUGGGGAGCUCAAAAAUGGCAAAGUACCCUUAGGUAAGUUCAUCUAUUCCAUAAAACACCUAAAAUAAGCCGCUCUUUCCAAAAUAAUGUUUGGUACAAAAAAGCCUUCCAUUUUCAAGCCCCUCCAUUUGUGAACCCCAAGGGCUUAUAUUUAGGAUUCACCCUCAAACACCAACUCUACUAUACAGAACUGUACAAGUUAAGCCCAGACGUGAUUUUUCACAUGGUAAAUUUUCAUGAACCUUGAGAUUCCAUUGGAAAAUGUUUCUUUAUGUUGGAGAAACUAUUGUCAUUAAGCUUUUAUUAGUACUAGCAUUUAUGUCAAGUAUGGCAUUCUGUUUUCUAGUCUGUGUAACUGGCAAGACUGUUAGUACGCACAGGGUACUUUUUGGAUGGUAGAGGGCCACAUGGGUUUUUUUUUGUGUGUGUGGCAAAGCCAAAACGGAUCUUGCUCCUAAUCUUCCAGCAGCUCUGCCAGGGAAAAACAAACUGCACUUACUUGCUAAUCCCGCCAGCUAUGCAGACUAUCUGUCUUCAAGAACUUCAUCUUUAAUUUAUUUACCAUAAGGAUGUGGUUUUUUUUUGUGCUUGCAGAAAGUUUUAUACAGUCUAUGGUGACAUAUGAUGACUUGUCUAACAAUCCAGCAUUGCUCUCAGACCCAAAGCUUGUUAUCAGAAUAAAUGACAGGUAUAUAUUGUUGUUGAAAAAGUUAUCACAACCCCAGACCAUUCCAUCACCUCCACGGCUGUUUAUCUCUUUACGUCUUUGUUUCAUUAGGGGCCUUAAGGUUGCACUGCCAUUUCGUCCUAUUGGUUUGGGUAGUCCAACAUGUUUGCGAUUAUUCACGGGUUAGUCAUGUAAACAGCAAAGAUGGUUUUCCAGAUGUGGUGAUUUCAACAUCAUUCUUCCCUUGACCCUAACUGUUUCUCCAGGGUAGAGGUACAUUGUAGUCGCUACUGAGCCAUUUUUUGUCUUAUUAUGCAUCACACACAAAAACUGCUGCAUCAGAGAGUCGGGUAGAGUUAGGCAACCUAGUCAUAUUUAUGGCUACAUGUACAGAUAAUUUAGCUGGUGUAUGCUAAAGUGUCUAUCGUUUGUAUUCACUGAGGCUGAUUUUGGGAAGUUCUAUUCACUCUACAAAUUCAACAAGGAGAUAAAAUUGUAACCACCUCUUCCCCCUUAUCUGCAAACUCAAUUUGGCAUCAUAUUCAUUUCAUAAAACUUUGGACUUUCUCUCUCCUUCCUGUUACUUGCGUUUGUAAAUCAGCUGUUAUACUCUUAAGCGGCUGUUGCAUUUCUUAUUAUAUGUAACUUUUCUCAAUCUGUUCUUUUUUUGCUUUUUGCAGGUAUUAUAACUGGCAGAUAGCUGCUCCAAUGUUGAUGUCUCAUGUAGUUUUUCAGAGACCUCUCAAACCGGUAAUUGUUGUAUUUUCCAUAUUGUGGUGGAAAAAGUGUUGUCAUGAUAUAAAGCUUAAGGCUUCCGGGUACUUAUAUGUGUUCACACUAAUAUAACAGCUUAAUAAUGUAAUAUACUAGUGUAUCUCCUUGCUGCGAUACAUUACAAGAGGUUGUUGCCGUCUCUCUGUACCACUAUGCCAGCGUUGCACUACUUAAUAAAAUAAAGAAAAACUCUAUAGCAGAGCGGAGAAACAAAAUAUUUUUUAUUUAGCUUGUUAUCCUGAUUUAGGUGAAAUCUGUUUUUUUUUAAUAAUUUCAAACAUCAGCCGUUUGUACAGGUAUAGUGUUAGUUUGUUGUUUCAAUAACAUUUGGAUUCUUAUUAACAGGAAGCUUGUCAGACCCUUGUGAAACAGCAUAUGCCAAAAAAGGUACGUAUAAACUUCAACAAGUCCCCUUUGCUCUUUACGACUUUGGUUCUGUAUAUUGUAAAAAGUAUUUCACACCCUGCAUUUUUCUAGGAAAAGAGAAGGAGCUAUAGAAAUAUGUAUUACUGGUUUUCUUGGAGGGCAAAUGAAGAGAAGGUGAGAUUCACUUGCAACUUACCGUACGUGUAAUUGUAAUUACAUCGUUUACCUACCCAUAGAAUUAUUCUCCACAAGGAAACAGUGAUAACUGCCACUGUGAGAUUGAUGAUGAUGGUAAAGACGAUAACCACGAUGACAAUGAUGAAGACCCGCGUAGUCAAUCGAUAAAAAUCGGUAUCGAUUGAUAAAUCGAUAAAAAUCGGUAAAUCUGAUUGAUUGGUUUAUUGAUUGAUUGAUAUCGAUUGUAUCGAUUAAUCGGUAGAAAUCGAUGACACACUCGUUUCGUUCAUCGAUUUAUCUUGAUUUUUAGCGAUUUCAUGGAUUUAUAUCGGAAGAUACAUCUUUUUAUCUGUUCACUCAGAAAAUGAAAACUGAAUUCAUGCAAACAGUAAAUUUAUUGGCAAUUGAGUUGCAAUUGAGAGUCGAAGGAUCAAACAAUAAUCACUUUUUAAAAAAUCCCCAAAAGUCAUCUCCAAAGCUUUGAAACGAGAAGUCUCGUGCUAAAACUUUAGGUAGAAAUUAAGCCCAGUGUAUGUGUUUUAUGAUCCGUCAUCCAAUUUUUAUUUUCAGAGUUCUGACGAAGAGAACGAUGAUAUCAAAAAGGAUAAGCCGCGCCCUAGACUGCAUAGCAGUACCGCUAGGAAACAGUUGAGCAUUCAAGAGUCGAAGAUUCAAGAUGAAAAUGAAAGCAGAGAGAGAACGACAUCAGAAUGCGUCAGUGGCAAUGAAUCCGACUUUCCCAAAGGAAAGUACAGGAAGGUCACUCGGCUGUCAUCAGAUCAAAUUGUAAGAAGGGCUAUUCACUUGAUACCGUAAUGACUUUCAUUCUGGAACGAGCUCAUUCCAUCUCCAUAAUUAUUCUUCUGUAUUUGUUUACAUGAUGCCGAAACGACAUUUCCUUCUCGUACAAGUAAUUCCGGAAUGAGGUCACUCCGGUUUUCAUUUGGAAUGAAAUUCUCGUUCUGGUACGAAAUUUCAUUCUGGUAUCGUGUAAACUGAAAACGAAUUUCGUUCCGGAUUGAAAAUCGUAUAUCUUUUAGUCUGGAGCGAGUGGCACUCGCGUAUCAGUGAUCUGGCGCGAAACCACGCUAGCGAGAACGCUUGAAGCUGAGCCGUUUGAUUUUAUCACGUGAAUGCAGUACGAACUUCACUUCGGAACGAAACCAUCUCGGAAUGAAAGUCAUUCCGAUAUCAUACAAAUAACCCCUAGGAAGGGCUAAGACUCUGUGGGCGAAGUUGCUAGAAGACCGAUUGGCGUUCACCUUGGGUUAGAGUUUAAACAAACGAUUGCAUUUACUUUCUCAUAGAUUGUUCUGGACUGUCAUUUUGGAUUAACUUUCUCUAAACAAAAACUCAAUACAGUCAAACCUGUAGAUAACGGCCCUGUAUACAGUGGUCACGCUGUGUACUACGGUCACCCGGACAACUUCCCAAAAUUUUCAGUUGCCUUAUAUUUUCUGCAAAGUUGACCUGUAUUUAGGUUUGUGGCUUUUUGCCGACUUCAAAAGAGAAAAAUAACGCUUUCCCUACCCCACCCCCUCCAUGCGAUGUUGUACCACUGUUCAAGCUAGUUGCGGAAAACAGCAAACACCCUAACUUUGAACAGAGUGGAUGGGGGAGGGGUGUGGAUUGUUUUGUUUUCCGAAGUUACCCCAUUUGAGGACAGUAUCUUAAAGAUUUUUCCGGCGAUUGUAGCUUUAUUGUAAAAGGCAGUUGAUUUAGCCGCUUUGGUGCCAUUAGCGCCUUACAUUAUCAUAAUUUUGUCUUUCUUCCCUUCUCAGAAAAGUUUAAACCUUAAAGAAGGAGCCAAUAGCAUAACCUUCUCAGUGACAACAAAAUAUCAGGUACAAUGCUUCAUCACUUGAUUAUGUUUUUAUUAAUUUGGAAUUUCGUUUUAAUGCCUCUAGGAAAAGCCAAGAUAUAACUUCUAUCAGAUUGUUGGUUUCCAUGUGGCCACUCUAUCGUUCACGCAGCUAAAUUACCUUUAGUGUUUUUUAAUUUAAUAGGCAUUUGCAUGAUGACGUCAUUUUACUACUGCGACCAGGAUCCUUCAGGACUUUGCUUUCUUGUGCAAAUUAGGGCUUUUGUUAAUGAAAGGGAACACGAAAAGGAUUCUGGUCGUAGUAGUAAAAUGACGUCAUCGUGCAAAUGGCCUAUUGACCAGCUCUAUGAAACUGAAGUUACUCUAAUAUCAUUUAGCAGUAAUUUUGAGUCUCGGAUUUUAACCUUUACUACAGCGCGUCCUUGUUGCUUUUUUAGGGUACCGCAAUGUGCAUGGCGACCAUUUAUCUCUGGAACCACAAUGAUAAGAUUGUUAUCUCAGACAUUGAUGGUACAAUAACUAAGUAAGUGAUGCCUUUAAAACAAUCUGGGACAUUGUAAAAAUCGUUCUUUUGGAAGAGCAGUUCUAUGUUUAAAUAACUUAAGGACUAGGAAUAAAUAUUUCACAAUUUUUUUUUUCAGGUCUGAUGUUUUGGGUCAAAUUUUACCAGUAGUAGGACAGGCUUGGGCACAGUCUGGAGUAGUACGUGUUUUAUUUCAUUGUUGUUGUUGUUGUUGUUAUUAUUGUUCCAUUAUCCCUUUAACUCAUAGUAACAUUUAAAAUGACAGAAAAACAAAACAAAACAAAACGAGAACUUGGAGGUUUUUUUAUAACUCUGGAUAUCAAGUGAAAGAACUGAAGAGGUUUCAUUUGAAGGUUCACACCAUAGGAUUUCAUGUACAGACUCAAACGUUAGAACUGCGCACUAAAUAAAUGGUACCACGAAACGUACUGUUGAAGAGGCUUCAUUUGAAUGGUCACACCAUAGCAUUUUAUUCACAGACUCAAGAGUUAGAACUACAUACUUAAUGUUAUAACACCAUGUGAAAGUGCUGCUGAAGAGGUUUCAUUUGUAUUGUUAAACGAUAAUGUACCCUUAUCCAGGGAAAUUUUCAAGAGCGCGUUCCUUAGGAACCGCAGUCAGUAGUCAAUUAAAAAAUAGUGAGUACCAAAGUGGCCGCCAUUUUGUACUCAACAUUCGAAGCUCAGUUGCCAUGGGGAAAUCUUUGUUUACGUUUUUUGCCUCAUAUGGUCAUCAGUAUCUCAUGAAGCUAAUAAGAUAAAACCUCUGAAUUUUGAAAGAGCACAACAGUUUCUGUUAUCUCUGAAAAUUUAAGCCCGAUAUUCCGAAUGGUUUCGGAAAAAUUCUCUUUUAAAAAUUCCCAAUUUACAAAGAAUGUACUUCUCAUUAACUUUUUUGUCACCCAGCUAUUUCGCAGUUUUCGAUGGCUGAUAUUUCCUUCAAUAUUGCUUUCAAAGAGCUGAAAAUUGCACAAAUUGCUCAAGUUAAUCAGCUCUUUCAAUUUUUGAAUUAUUGUAGUUCGUAUAUACGGCCAUGGCUUCUAUGAGUUAAGCCGUAUUCUAAUGAGGAAAAAUGUUAACGAUAAUUAUUGAAAGGUUUCAUUGUGGGAUGUUUUGACUCCGUUUCCUUGUACAUUGCAGGCUCAUUUCUUUUGUAAGAUCCAGCAGAACGGGUACAAGGUUCUUUAUUUAUCAGCCAGAGCUAUUGGACAGGUAAGGACCAGCCUCGCUGUUUCUUUCAACACAGACCGGAAAUAGCGCGACAAACAGCAAGUGCGCGAGCGCGAAUGAGCGCGAGGGUUACGUUAGAGGAAGAGUCUUUCAACUGAAUAUGGGGGAAAUUUUUUCUUAACUCUCCUCCGAUAGAAUCAGACUUUUUUUGGUCUGCAAAACAUCUGAUUCAUUUUUCGUUGUAUUUAGGCUCAGCAGACUCGAGACUACCUUAAGAGUGUGAAACAGGAUCAGAUUAUGUUACCUGAUGGACCACUGCUACUCAAUCCUGAAUCACUUAUUAAAGCUUUUCACAGGUAAGUAUGUAUGGACGUAGGCGGUGCUGUGGUCGGUCGUUCUUUUCCUCAGUAGCCUGCGGGCAAGCUCUCCAUUUGGAAGAGUCAUGAGAAUUCACGCGAGUUCGAGGGGCUUCGCCGCUCACUCGCGCGUUCCCUCUCAACUCGCCUCGCUCUCCAUAAUUGGAGGGUUUGCGCGCAGGUUAUUUCCUCAAGAUUUAAUCAAUCCUGAGGAAAUAGUUAAAGAUAAAAUGGAAACGUGAGAGAAUGUGGCCCCACCUCCUUUUUAAAUGUCUCGUUACCAGAAACCAGCGCAUUAUGCCCAUCUCUGCAAUAGUUUUCACACAGUAUACACUCUUAAAUUGUAAACGUACAUCAUUUGUUGUUGUUGCUGUUGUUUCGCAGUACAUGGAAAAUUCACCUUUUUCCUUUCUGUUUUCUAGAGAGGUGAUUGAAAAGAAGCCACAAGAAUUCAAGAUUUCUUGUUUGCGAGAUAUUCAGAGAUUGUUUCCGACAAAUAAAAAUCCUUUUUAUGCCGGAUUUGGAAAUAAAGGCAGCGUAAGUUCAUUUGAUUUCAACCUCAAAGUCUCCACGAUGUAGCUGAUGUAGUCCCCUUCUCCGCCAGUGUCGUCACGCAACUCUCUUCUCAACGUUGCGUGACAAAACGAUAUCAUAAGGAACCGUGUCUCCCAAGCAUUAUAUCAAACUUUGCAAACAACUAAAAUGAAUUUUGAAAAACCGUCGGGCUAACGAGUUUUCAAAAACCGCAAUUGCAAUCCGUUUCAAUCUUUUGCAAAUUUAAACAUCCCUGCCUCCGUUUUUAUUUGCCGUGUUAUUUAUACCUUCUUUUCAGGUUUUGAACAGUUAGUUUUAUGUUUCACUCACUUUGGUGACGGUUCCCAUCGUUUGAAUUUUGAUUAAUUUCGUGACACAGCUCCUUUGGAUCAUUUUACGUUUCUGGGAAACUGCCCACCUACCCCUCCCCUAAGCCAACAUUUUGCCCUAAUUGGAAAGUAAAGGCAAAAUGUUGGCUUUGGGGAGGGGUAGGUGGGCAGUUUCCCAGAAAUGUAUAAUGAUCUGAUCAGCUCCUUUCAUAGCCUGUUAUGUAGGCGUCUAUUUUGGGGCGAGCUUCUUUAUGUGAAUUUGCUUGUCAUCCAAGAGAUAACAUCUCACUUUUGUUUAUCACAGGACGUGCUGUCUUACCGCGCGGUUGGUAUCUCUGUGUCCAGGAUUUUCACAAUCAAUCACAGGGUAAGAACUGGUACUUAAAGUGCGUUUCUCUAUCUUUCCUGAUACUUGGAGUUUUACUCCCAAGGCACUAUCUAGACAAACGUCAAGUUGGUGAAAAACAAAUAAUGCCGUUGAAAAGGUUUCGGUUGAAGCUUUAUCCAUUACCAUAGGUUGAAAAAAUCGAACUGCAUACUUAAUAUAUGGCCCCAUUAUAGAGAGAAUACAGAGGAUUUGAACUAGCUUUUUGCAUUUGAAUGGUAACACCAUAGGAUUUCAUCCACAGACUCAAAAUUUGAUCCACUACCCUGUGAAAAAAGAGGUUUCAUUUGAAUGGUAACACCAUAGGAUUUCAUCCACAGACUCAAAAGUUAGAGAACUACCCUGUGAAAGUACUGCUGAAGACAUUUGAAAAACAUAGAUUUCAUCCACAGACUGUGAAAGCUACCACUGAAGAGGUUUCAUUUGAAUGGUCACACCAUAGGAUUUCAUCCACAGACUCAAAAGUUAGAACUACAUACUAAAUAUGUAGUACCGUGUGAAAGUACUGCUGAAGAGGUUUCAUCCACAGACUCAAAAGUUAGAAACCACAUACUGAAGAGGUUUAAAUAAAUAGAUUUCAUACCAAAAGUUAGAGUGUGAAAGUACCAUUUGAAUGGUAACACCAUAGGAUUUCAUCCACAGACUCAAAAGUUAGAACCACAUACUAAAUAAAUAGUACCGUGUGAAAGACCUGCUAAAAAGGUUUCAUCUGAAUGGUCGUAGCAUAAGAUUUAGUCCGCGGUAAAGAAUCCCUUAAAGUUCAGUUUAAUUUUACUUAUGUUCCAGGGAGAAGUGAGACAUGACUUGACAAAUGCCUUCCAGACGUCGUAAGUAUAGUAGACUCAGAAGUCUCAAAAGUUCGAAGCGCCUUGUACAGCUUGAUAAACACCAUGACAGAAAUGUAAUGCUCAGUAGCUUUUGUUUAUCCACAUCCUCUAACUUUAAAAACACGUGGUACAUCACAGUUUACAGUAUUGAUGCCAAAGAACUGCUUAAAAGCUUUCAGUUUUAGUAUAGGUAAUAGCAUGAUUUGUAGUGAUAUUUGGCAUAAAUACCACGAGUGAUAUUUCGAAAUUGUUAUACGUGAUUUCACGAGCCGUCGGGCGAGUGAAAUUUGAGACAAUUUUGAAAUAUCAUGAGUGGUAUUUAUACCAAAUAUCACGUACAAAUCAUGCUAUUAUUUGUUUAUACUACUACCCUCAAAAGGUUUGUAAUUUUCACAUGUAGGUAUUUCAAAUUAAGUUGAAAUACCACUGCUCUAAGCCAAUCAAAUGGCACAAAAUUCUCAUGUAGUAGUAUAAUGUUCAUAAUAUCAUAGGAUUUCAUCCACAGACUCCACCUUGUACCGCAGAAUAAACAGUACCCUAUGAAGUACUUCCCAGUAGCUUUAAUGUGCAUGACCACACUUAAUGAUUUUAUCCACUUAGUCAAAAUUCAAAACGACUUGGUUCGGUAAAAAAGCAGUAGCAAAUUAAUGUUGUUUCUUUUCUGUCUGUGAGAAACUUUUUAUUUGACUUUUAUUUUUACAUUUUGUUACUCCUCAGUUACAUAAAACUUAGUGACUUGGUGGAUCAAAUGUUUCCGCCAUUCAAGACAAAGGGUCAUCCACCCUCGGGGCUCAUAGCUCCCGAUCAGUUUAGUUCCUUUACCUACUGGAGAGCGCCCCUGCCAGAUAUAACGGUCGACGAUCUUGACGACGUUGGUGAUGACAAAAAUGAGGGGACAUCUUCCAAACAGUGAUUAUUGAAGGUAAACAAAUGCGAAAGUAGUUUUAGAACACUGCAGCUGGUGUUGGAGGUUUGGGGCGAGGGGAGUGCGAUAUUAAUUAUUCUGAGAGUUGGUAUGUUUCUCAUAGAUUAUCAUCAUUGUGUAGUUCCAGAAAAUAUCCAUACCCCCAUGAGGAGCAACGGAAAUUCUGAGGGGAGGGGGGUCAAAAAGGAGGCAACCUCCUAGAAUGGAAAUUCCAGGGGGUAGGGGUCUGAAGCAAAAUUGCUCUCCAUGGGGGUAUGGAUAUUUUCUGGCACUACACAUUAUUCCUUUAAGCCCUGAUAUCCACAUACAAAUUCUUUACACUCAACUUCAUGUAUUUCCUUAAAGAAUUAGUUGGGUGAAUUUGGUUAUAGAUCAAAGCCCUUUUGCUUUAGGCGAUGACUUUGUCAAUUCUCACAACUGUUCCUUUGUCAACGAACUGAUAUUUAGGAGAAAAGUAAUGUUGGUCUCUCUUGGGACUUAUAUGGUUAACAGCCCAUUUGAAGGAUAGUGUUUUUAAAGACAACAACUUCCAGAAACCCUCUCGGCGUUGUUGGCAUCAACGGACUGCUUUAAAUAUCCAACACAAGACGGUGUUUCGUGACAUUUCUAGCCUGUGAACAGGCCUUUGGUCGAGUGUGGAACUGGGGAGAAGGAAAAAGCCACCCCAGCUUCAUUUCCCUUCCCUUUCCUCGCUGUUUUUUUCCCCAAACAGAGAGCCUCUCCACAGGCUGUGACAUUUCAAACAUCGACAAAGGAGAUGAAAAAACACACGCAAAGCAGAGUAUUUUUACUACUUUGAAAUGUUUAAUAUGGUCAUGAAACACUACCUCUAGUGUUUGAUGAUGUAAAAAGUGAUGUUUUGAUUUCUUGAUACACACUCUAUUUCGUGUUUUAGUGAAGCCAGGGUUUCACAAAAGUUUUUAUUUGCAAAUACCUCAAUAACAAAAGCUUUCAUGCCUGGAUAGGUUUCUUUAUGUAGGGUCAAACCUAAUAUAACCUCUCAAAAUAAAUCAUUACAAGAAGAUUAACAAGUUUAAUCUUUCUGUUGCAGAUUUGAGUGAAGCGUAACAGAAAAGGAAUACCACUAUUUAUAGAUUAUUAUAAGAUUUCACCGAUAAAUUUAGGUAAAUUUUGAAAUUUAUUAAAUGAAUAUAAUUUUUACUUCUAAUCCUUACUAUUACACAGUUGGCGUUUUCAUUGCGUUUAUAAUAUUGUGUGAUUCAAACAGAAUAACGCCUCAUAUAACGCCUUUUUUCAAAGGAAGAGAUUUGUUUGUACAGUGUAUGUAAAUAUUAAGUAAUAGCUAUGAUAAUCUUUUAAAAAGUGAUUUUUGCCGCGCACAAUUUGUAUUUUCAAAGUGUUUUCAGUUGGCCAUGAUACGUUUGUGAUCUGCUUAACCCGUUACAUCACGCAACACUUGCAAGUGUGAGACUCUUUAGGUCACGUCCCCUUUUAAAGGCUUUUAUAAACGUUACUCGAUGCGAUGACUAGUUAAAGGGGCUGUGUCACGGCAGUCCAGUUCAUUUUGCUUAAUUUUGCUAAUUACUCGCCCUCAGUCGCUAUGGAGCUUUAAAAAGUAAGAAAAGAAAUUGCAUUUUAAUGACAAAAUCAGAGAUCCGAGGCAAACAAAUAUGUCUCCUGAGCAUUAUUUUUGAAGUUGCAAGCAGAAGGCAUCAACUUUGAAAAACUGUUAGGCUGAACAGUUUUCAAAAACCCCAAUUUCAAUCCGCUUCAAUCUUCUUCGGUUUUGCCCAUCCGUGGCAUCUGUUGUUUCUGCUAUGUUAUUUUAACCUUCCUUUAAAGUUUUAAGCGGUUAUUUUUAUGUUUCUCUUAAUUUAACAGGCAUUUUGUAAUUUCUUAAUUUGGCUGAAUUUCGUGACACAGCUCCUUUAAGAGUUAGGUUAUUUUGACUGAGCUCAGGAAUUGUAGUUUAGUAUUACUGAAUGUUCCAGUGUGUGGCGUUUUUUAAAUUUUUCUUGUCCUGUCACGUAUUUGAGGAUAUAUUGCGUGACAAAAGAGAUUGCGUUAUCGAAGAAAGUUACAUUGUAAUACAGUAACGUGUAAGUUGUGUGUGAAUUUGCCAUUGACUUGACUUGUAUGACUUGAGGAAUUACGAAAAAGGAGGAGAGUGUAAUCGGCGAAGACAGAUAAAACAAAACCCUUCAAGAUCAGUAUAAUUCCUCAUUAUACGAAAAUCCAAUUAUUUCCAUCAUUCAAAAUAUUUCCAAGUUGAUCACAUCCCUACUUCUACCUAAUCUUUCGUCAAAACAAUCACCACUUCUUUGGCACUUUUAGGGAUAUAAAAUAUUCUUCACAAAGCAGUUGACAUCUUUCAUUACAUCUUUCAUUGGUUUUAUCUUUUGCGUACGUUUUAAUUCCGCUUUUUUUUUGUCUUCUCCAAACAGUUGAAAUUUCCAGCCAUUUUUGUGCGCCUCAGCCACCCCUUUUGUUUCGUGACGUCAUUCGUUCAAAAAUUCUCAUUUAUUGCCCGAAUGACGUAAAACAGCGUAAGCUUUAAACAAAGAUGAACCGGCGGAUUUUAGGCGAUCAGAAACGGCGAAAUAUUUUGAAUAAAUGUUAACAAUGUUGACGAUGAUUAUUAUUAUCUUAAUAUAUGGCCACCACCAUCCUUUUUUAUAUUUAAAGACAACAGCAUUUUUCUUGCAAACUUAUUAACAACACGAGCAGUAAUAUAUAAUAAGGAAGUCGAAAGGCAGUGUUACGUAUGAAAACUUAUUUAUGUACCAGGAAAUUAUAGUGACUUGCACAUAAUUUCUUGAAACGAUAUAUAAUUCAUAUUGUCUGGAAAACAGCUAUACCGACUGAGUGAAUCGUAAAAUAGGGAUAUUUUUAUGUACCAGGAAAUUCAACGACUGUUAUUAAAAGAAUGAGAGGAGA